CGUUUCUCGGUUCGCUAGGUGGCGUAACGCGCCUGCGGACUGGGCCCAGGGUGUCCUCUAUGACUUACCCAGAAGGCAACGCUCUAUUUUCUGGUCAAAAUGGCUGGCAAGCAGGCGGUUUCAGCAUCAGGCAAGUGGCUGGAUGGUAUUCGAAAAUGGUAUUACAAUGCUGCAGGAUUCAAUAAACUGGGGUUAAUGCGAGAUGAUACAAUAUAUGAGGAUGAAGACGUAAAAGAAGCCAUAAGAAGGCUUCCUGAGAACCUUUAUAAUGACAGGAUGUUUCGAAUUAAGAGGGCACUGGACCUGAGCCUGAAGCAUCAGAUCUUGCCUAAAGAGCAGUGGACCAAAUAUGAAGAGGAAAAUUUCUACCUUGAACCGUAUCUGAAAGAGGUUAUUCGGGAAAGAAAAGAAAGAGAAGAGUGGGCAAAGAAGUAAUCAUGUAGUUGAAGUCUGUGAAUGCAGCUGUUAUGAAGAUGGUUAUACUUGAAACAAACAAUUUUAAGAUUUAUUUGGUCUGCAGAUGUUUUACUUUAAAUAAAUGUCUAUUGUAAUGGCUGGAGUUUUUGAAUUCCAAACCUUACACUGAAUAACUACUGAAUCCAUUUACUGUUAAAUUUUUUUCCAAACUUUCAAGAUAUUUUUAGUUGUGUUUAACUGCUACCUGGAGCUCAGAGGCCACUUUAUCAGUUUUCCUCACUGGUUGGAUAGCCUAUCAGUUUAUGGAAGGAUAUAACUUCCGUAAGUUAUACCCUUGUGGAAGCUACUGAAUAAAAGAAGGGGGAGUGCACCCCCUAGUUUGCCAGGAUUGAGAAAUAGCCUCUUCACUGCUAUCCAAAUAGAUUUGAUUUUGCAUCCUAUCAUUUAAAAAUAAAUUAUGUAUUCACCCCAACAUAGGCAUACUUAAGUAAUAUAUAUACUGCUGUGCUAACGUGUACUAGAAAACAAAAAGUAGACAUUAGAAAAAUGGAAGUAUAAAUACAAA